GAACUGUAACAAUCUUAUGGAAUUACCAGAAUCACUUGGGAAGCUCCCACUAUUAGAAGAGUUAUACUUGGAUGGUUGUAACAGACUGAAGCAGUUACCAGUGGGAUUUGGGAAUCUAAAGGCCCUUGCUGUUCUUAAUUUACAUAGCUGUGAGAGUCUAGAGGAGCUUCCAAUGGAUUUUGUGAACCUUUCUUCAUUACAAUAUCUCUGCUUAGACUACUGCAAGAGUUUGCAAGACCUUCCAUACAAUUUUGAUAAACUUACUUCAUUAAAAUAUCUUAAUUUGAGGUAUUGCUUUGAGCUGGCCAGGCUUCCAGAACGGCUAGGAAAUUUGCAAAGCUUAACGGAGAUAUAUUUUAGUUCAUGUACUAAGCUGAGUAGUCUUCCACAAAGCCUGGGAGGGUUGCCUUCUCUGUUGAUGUCCAAUAUGUCUUUUGAGAGAUGCUCAGCUUUGACAGAACUACCAGAAGAAACCUCGUGGCUUUUAGGGAUGACAAGCAUUUCGUUUGAAGAUUGUUCCAGAUUAAAAAGGAUCCCCACACAGUUCAGUAAGCUCACCUGUUUAAAGGGAUUAUUUUUAGGAGGAUGUGAAAGCAUUGAAGAACUGUUCAGUGAUUUUCUUGGUCUGGAUGUGUUGAGAACAUUAGGCAUGAGUCGAUGCAGGAGCUUGUCUAGUCUACCUCAAGGCUUUGGCAAGCUAAAAAGUUUGCAGAUUUUAAAUUUAUCCGAAUGUGAUAAAUUAAAGGAAUUGUGUGGCGACUUCCAUUGCCUUGGAGCAUUAAAAGAGUUGUGUUUGUCAGGCUGCCGCAGUUUAACCAAACUUCCCAAUUAUUUUGGUCAGCUUCGUUGCUUGGAGAAGGCAGAUUUAUCAGGAUGCUCUAAUUUAGCUAAGCUUUCUGAUGAUUUCCAUACUCUACCAUCAUUAAUAAGAUUAAACCUCUCAAACUGUAAGAGAUUGGCUAAGGAAUGGAUGGAUUGUGUGGGAGCCACUCAGAGUCUGUGCUAUGUAGACAUUUCAGGAAGUGAGGGGAUGACUCAGCGGUGGAUGGAAAUGCAAAGGGAAAAGGAAGACUGGCAUUUGGUGGUGGUAACUCAAUCCUCCUCCAAGGGUAUCGAAGGAACACUGUGGACUUUUCUUUUAGAAAAGAUUAUAUGGAAGAUAUUUUGUAAGGGCGGGCUUCUGACAGAUGCUCUUCAACGCCUCUUCUUUUCAUCCUCCCUCCCAUCCCAUGCUCGUCUUAUAUUGAUCACUCAAGGCUCUCCAAUAAUCCCAGAGAAGUGGAGAUCAGUACAAAGCAACCUGGAGCGCCUGGAAUAUAAUACAAAAGCAGCAGCAAUCAUAUAUAUUGGUGGAGAAUUUAAUGCAUUACCAUCAGAGUUGGCUGACAGAAUUGUGGCUCAUUCACCUUUUGACUCAUUUAUGGUUUAUUUUGGUGAUGUGCUUCCGGAAUCCUUCUACUACUCUCCUGGUGUGUUUGGCAGCACUAUUGUUGGUGUAGAAAGAACUACUAUAAAAUAUUUGUCAACCUGGGAAGACAUUUCCUAUAUUAAUAAUGAAGUAGAAUUUCUCACAAGAAAUCCACGUGAAAGCAAUGUUGAAUUGCUGAGAAAACUAUGCUUGGCUGAACACAACGAUUUUCUUCUUCACAAUGAUGAAACGCUGAAUGUGAAGGAUCUAGAGCGAAAAGUGGUAUUACUUCUCAGACACUACUCUUCCCAUGAACAAUAUUUAGCAUUGAAAGAUGUAUAUCAGAAGCUCCAAUGGAGUUCUGACUAUCAAGCUGAAGUAAUUUGGUUUCCCCCAACUGGGCCAGAUGGUGAUCCCGAAGAGUGUGAAAGAGCUGUUACAAGUGCUCCGUGGCCAAUGGUCCCCAAACCAUGGUUAAUAAAUGAACAUCAUUGGAUGACAGAUUGUGUUGGGUAUGGAAAUGGUCUGGUGGUUGUUGAUGAGAAGGGAAGCAUAUCGCACAAGGAUGCAAUGUCGAUGAUAGUGAGGUGGGGGAUAAAAGCAUAUCCAUUUUCUGAACGUCGGGAAGAGGAACUGAGAAAGGCAGAAUGGAAGGACUACUUCAAGCUCAACUCUCAAUCUGGAAUGGAUUUUAUUUUUCAGCAUUGUGAGUUCUUUCAAUUAAGGGCAAAAGAGGCGAUUAAUCAUGGACAAAUUAUAUUUCUAUGCGUGGGUAAAAUUGACAAGAUGUUGGAACUCUUGCCAAAGUUAAAUGAUACAUUAACAAAGCUAGAAAAUGUCAUCCAAGUCUUCUACGUUGGGGAUGAGUAUCUUUCUGUAUAAGAGAAAGAAUAUGAAAUGAAAAGUGU